AUGGCACGGAAGAAGGCAACCAAAGCUUCUGUAGCUGACGUCGGCACCGACGAUGGGCACAACGGACCCAAUGGGCACUCCAGUCCAGCAGAGCAGACAGCUCCGGCCAACAAGUUGAUCUCACCCGCAAUUCCACCACAACCCAGAGCUGCAGAACCAUCAACCCCCACCCUGGUAAUUUGUCGCAAUAAGCACUGGCGAUAUAUUUCCUCCUUCCAUGGCCCCUGGCUCCAGCUGCCUCCAGAAGUGCUCGAGACCAUUGCAUUCAGCAAUUUCUACCUUCCUCGGCCCCAAUUGGUGGAUCCUGCCACCCUGUUUGAUCUGGUCAAGAUCCGCCGACUGGUCGACGACGCGACAGAUCUGACCGUCCGCGCCGCCAAUGGGACUACUUCUUCCGCGCUGUGCAACUCUCACAAUGCGAGUAAUGGCCUCUACGGUGGUGGGAGUGCAGCAGCCCUGGGACUGGGGGGAGGAGGAGGUGGUGGGGCGCAUGCAAAGCUAAGUCGAGAGAGAAAGCACCGAAUGCGGGAACAUGCCACACAGAAGCUAUCGCAUGCAUAUCAUCUGGAUGAGAUCGCUGCCAGUGUGGCGACCAUGCAAUCGGCGUCUGCUUUGGAGGAAGUGGCAAAACACGUCCUGGCCCGGAACAAUGACGACGCCGACGCAACCUACGUGCACUUCUUUCACGAAAAAAUCCCCUCCAGAUCGUUAGCAGAGUGUACGAGUCUGGCACCGUUGGACAAGGUCAUCCGCCAGCGUCCGACCGAUGGGGCACCCUACCGGACGCGAGCAGUGACGAGGAUAUUCAAGGAGGACUUUAUGGGCGCUGCGACGGAUCUGACAGAAGGACUACGCGUGUGCCGAUUGUACAAUACACAGCAUGAAAGACGGAACGAGCAGACAGAGCUUGUGCUUGCUCGCGAGGCGGCACGAGAACAGCGGACGGAUGCGAAAGUCGACGAGAAAGAUCAGCCAAGCAGCCUGGAAGGGCAGUUGCUGUUCCAUCGAGCUGGCACAUUCCUUACCAUGGCGUGUGAUAAUAUUGCGUUGGCCUUGUCUGGAACAUCUACCACCAAUGGAGCCAGCUGCGCAGAUCUCCGUGGCGAAGCCGAGAUGUCGUCUAUUCCUACGAAGAGGGUCCGAGAAAUGCACCAUCGACGUCUCGAAGCUCGCAAAUCGGUGCGGACAUACGCAAAGCGUGCUCUCCGAGACUACCUGGCAUUCAUCAGCCGUUUUGACUAUACUCCCGGCCAGCCCGCCGAGAUCACGAGAGCGUUUCUCCAUAAGGUCAACGCCGCCGCCAACGGGUAUGGCAGACGAGGUCAUCAGAAGCGUCUGCUGGAAAUGGCAGAAUUUCCCAUGACCGCAAGAUCAACCGCCCUGAUUCGGCACGAUGGCCAUUUCGCCACACCUCCACGCAGACCAUCUCAACCACUCCCGCUCCCCAGCAAGCGCGUCUACCCGCUCAACGAACUCUUCGCCGCCAUCCCACCCCCAGAACUACCACCCUACCCCAUCGAAACCUCCACCUCCACCGCCUUCGCCAAACCAAGCCAAUAUCAACCGCUUCCUCCCAUCCUAGCGGACGACCCCUCCACCGCUGAGACAGUAACCUACCACCCCCUGCUCACCGACGCGUUGCACUCCCUCCUCCUCUGCCACACUCUGAUGCAAACCUCGCCCAAAGAACUCCUCCGCCACGCGCACAUGGUUGCGCGUCUCGCGCGCCUCAGCGACGGCUUUCCCGUUUUUCUGGCCGCGCGCUCGCCCGCGCGCGCGGAUUGGGUCGAGGUCCUCCGUCGCGCGCCCAAGGCCGCCAACAGCAAUUGGAUCGGCCUGUCAGCUGUGUCAUGGGAUGCGCUGUGUAAGCCGGCGCCGCUGGCUGCGCAGCAGGGCGAGGAGGGAGGGGCGGCGAAGCCGGGGAGGGGAAAGAGCGAGACGAAGGAAGAGAGGAGGGAGAGGGUCAGGAUGGAGGCGUUCAGAGAGGCGCUCGCUGAUGAACGGGUGCUGGAUGAGGAGAGUUUUCGGAAAAGCGUCAAGGCUUGGGAGGCGAGGGGUAGGAUGGAGGUGGAGGAGCAAGAAGAGGAAGAGGAAGCAGGCGUGAAUGGGAAUGCAGAUGCAGAUGCAGAUGGGAUGCCCAAGGAGAAGCUGGAUGCGAACAAGCCGAAACGCUGGGCCCAGGACGAGGGCAAGGAAUACCCCAUCGCGACGCACAGGGCCGAGGCGAUCGCCCGCUGGAUCCGAGAGGUGCCGCAGCUGGGCGACGCGGUUGCUGGGUCUGGUGCCGCGAAAGCCGCGACGGCGAAGAAUAAGACGCCCGCGAGGUUGAGGAAGAGCGCUGCGAAUGUUGGUGUUGUUGUGGAUGCGAAUGCCGACGUCAAUGCGAAUGCCGACGCCAGCGCUGAUGCCCAUGGAGUGGUUGAUGGGGAAGGGGAUGCGGAUGCGGAUGGGUUGGAGAAGAGUGGGCAGGCUUUGUCUGAGAUGGCGAAUUCAGCAGUAAUAGAUAUCAUAGACGAGUGA